AUGGAUGCUUUUGGUGCUCCAAAGAAGAAAGACAUGCGGCUACUGGAUAUGGCCGCAGCACCAGGGGGCAAGACCACAGCGCUCUGUGCCUGGCUGGCGAACUCUUCCGCGGCCGUGGUCGCCAACGAGCCCAAUGUGGCUCGUUGCAAGGUGCUGGUAGAGAAUCUUCUACGCACCGGCUCGAUGCCGAAGGCGGCGGUGACACAGAUGGACGGUCGGCAAUGUGGCCAGUGCUGGCCUGGAUACUUCGAUGCGGUGCUUUUGGAUGCUCCUUGCAGUGGGGAGUCUCUGACGCGACGUGAAGGUGCCAUGGAGAUGCUACAACAUCCACCUGGCUACGUGGAGGGCUUGUCAAAGUUGCAACGGCAGCUGAUCAGCUCUGCCUUUGAAGCGUUGAAAGUAGGUGGAGUCCUGGUCUACAGCACCUGCACUUUGAAUGUGCAGGAGAAUGAGCACGUGUGCGACUUUCUAGAACAGACCUUUGCCGGGGCUGUGGAACGAGAGGAGCUUCACUUGCCAGGCACUGAAGAGAUGCGAACACCUGCAGGAUGCCUGCGCUGCUGGCCACAGAUGUCCGACACGCAGGGCUUCUUUGUCGCGCGCUUUCGGAAGACUGCAGGACUCACUGAGGCGGGAGGGCGCAAAAGGCAAACUGAUUAG